AUGCGCGCUUCUCCCUUGAACCACAUCUUGGCGGGAUCGGCCCUCUGGGCUGCAUCCUGCAACGCAGUCACCCUCUUCGCGGCCGACUCGGGCGGAAAUGUCACGACCCUGUCGCUUACCGCAUCCGGCGGCAAUUACAGCUUUUCCGUCGCCAGCAAGACAGCAGAUUGCGAAGUCAAUCCUUCUUGGCUUACCCUCGACAGCGCCAACAGGGUCUUGUACUGCCUCGACCGGGGCUCCAACUCCAAGCCUAACGGAUCUCUAAACUCCUUCUCUAUCGGGGAUGGAGGAGCGCUGACCCGUAUUGCGCGCGUCUCGGCGCCCGGUAGCGGUGUUGCUGGUGAGAUUGUCACCACGCCCUCUGGUGUUCGGGGCUAUGUCUCUGCCUCAUACAACCGAAGCGCAGCGGCCGUCUUUGCUCUUGGCGACAAAGGUGCCCUCCCGGGUACUGGUCCGCUCCAGGAGUUCUUCCCGACCCUCGAAAAGCCUGGACCGGUAACGUCCCGCCAGGACACCAGCUACCUGCAUCACGUUAUCAAUGAUCCUACGGGCAAGUAUGUCCUGCUCGCUGAUUUGGGUGGCGACCGUGUCCGGGUCUACACCUACGAUUCCAACACCGUUGCGCCGAUCAAGGAAGUCGACGGCCUCAUCACCGGCCCCGGAGUUGGCCCUCGCCACGGUGUCUUCCGCAAGGCGGCCAAUGGCGAUACCUUCUUCUACUUCAACGGAGAGCUCGACCAGAACAUCUACUCGUACAAGGUCGAGUACAAGGAGACCGGCCUGGCCUUCACCAAGGUCUUCUCCAUCCCUGCUGUCAACGCGGAUCUCCCUGCCACCAAGGCCCCUACAAGCGAAAUUGCCAUUACCCCUGACCAGAAGUUCCUCAUCAUCUCGAACCGCGAUGUCUCUUUCCGCGACUCCCCUAUCUUGGGUUCUGGACCGUCUGACACCUUGUCCACUUUCGCGAUUAAGGAGGAUGGAACCUUGGAGCUGGUCCAGCUGGCCCCGUCCGGCGGCUGGUCCCCGCGCCAGUUCGCCCUUAACAAGGCUGGUGACCUGCUCGCCGUUGGACACCAGAACAACCGCACCGUCGUCAUCUGGAAGCGUGACCUUGCGUCUGGUAAGAUCAUCCCUGAGGCUGAAGGCGGCAAGGUCGGCCAGGUCCAGCUCACUGGUGCUGUUGUCACCACUAUCUGGGACGAGGAAUAG